UUACCAAACCAGAAUGAUUCCAGGAGCAUUCGUCACAGAGAUUGUAGUAGCUUUUUGUCUUGCUGCUACCUUAUUGUAUAAAUAUGGAAAUAUUUUUCGACAUCAUAUCAUUGUUACAAUUUCUGUGCUUAUAGCAUGGUAUUUUUCAUUGCUGAUUAUAUUUAUAUUACCUUUAGAUGUUUCAUCAACUGUUUUUAGACAGUGUGUUGAGCAGAAUAUUCAUAAUACUACAGAAGCAAACCUUGAUAGUACAACAGUAGCACCAUUUCACACUUGUAAAGAACCUUGGCCUAACGUUCCAGAAAAUAUAUUUCCAAAUCUAUGGAGAAUUGUUUAUUGGACUUCACAAUGUUUGACAUGGUUAAUAUUACCGCUUAUGCAGUCUUACAUAAAAGCAGGAGAUUUUACUAUCCAAGGAAAAUUGAAAUCUGCUUUGAUUGAUAAUGCUAUAUAUUAUGGAAGUUACUUGUUUAUAUGUGGAAUCCUUUUAAUAUACAUAGCAUUGAAACCUGGCUUAGAUCUUGAUGGUCAAAAACUAAAAGCUAUAGCAUCAUCUGCAUCAAAUACAUGGGGUCUGUUUUUGCUAGUAUUGUUACUUGGAUAUGCACUUGUAGAAGUUCCUCGUGGAUUAUGGAAUGCUAGUAAACCUGGGUAUACUUUAAAUUAUAGCUAUUUUAAGGUUGCUAAAUUAAGUUUAGAUAAAUGUGAAGCAGAGGAGACAGUAGAUGAUAUACUUGAGUCUUUACAAGCAGCUACAGUAUCUAUUGGUCCAGGCCAUCCUUUCCAUUGUAAUUUAGAAACAAUUUUCCAAAAGAUUCCUGCAGAAUUAAAAGAUAGAAUGAAUAGAAGGCAGUUACCUGAUGACACACCAACCGAUACACCAUCAGAAAAAUCUUUAAUUCGUUUGCAUAGACAGACCAUAAAAGCACUACAAACUUUGCAGCGUAUAGAAACUCAGUGGGGUAUUUUAGUUAACAAAAUAAUUGAUUUGGAAGAUAUAGCAAAGAAUCAAAUAAGUCAUGACAGAAGAUUCAAGUCAACUUUUCCUCCGUAUCGUUCGUUUCCACUUAGGUUCAUAUACAAUCCAGUUGUUGAGUGGUAUUGGAAAUGUAUUAUAAAGAGUUAUGUUCAAAAAGUAGCAGCUAUUUGUGCUGGUUGCCUUUCAAUAGCUGUAGUAUGGUCAGAAGUAACAUUUUUCAAUAAAUCUCCAGUAUUGUCGUUGUUUGCCCAGUUUCUGAAUCUAGCUAGAGAAAAUUAUGAUUAUUUUACAAUUGAGUUGCUAUCAACGCUAAUAAUUGCAUAUCUCUGUUACUGUGCUUAUUCAACCGUUUUAAAAAUUCGUGUGCUGAAUUUAUAUUAUUUAGCACCACACCAUCAGACUAACGAGUACAGCUUAAUAUUUAGUGGUAUGAUGUUGUGUCGUCUUACACCACCUAUGUGCUUAAAUUUUUUGGGUCUCAUACACAUGGAUUCACAUAUUAUAAAAACUCACAUAUUAGAAACCCACUAUACUCAGGUUAUGGGUCACAUGGAUGUUAUCUCCAUUAUAUCUGAUGGAUUUAAUGUAUAUUUUCCAAUGGCUAUUUUAGCAUUUUGUUUAGCAACAUAUUUUAGCCUAGGAAGUAGAUUGCUUUCUAUGUUGGGUUUCCAACAGUUUCUUGAUGAUGAUGAAUUUACAACAGAUAUUGUUGAAGAAGGUCGAGAAUUAAUAAAACGAGAGAGACGUAAACGACAAAGAGCAGAAGAUUCAAUGUGUAGAAGGCGUGAAUUUCAAGAAAGAUUCAGUAGUUCUACGAAUUCAUCUCGUUAUAGAACGUCUCGACAAAGCACUGACACAGUGCGACCUCUGAAAAGGGACGAGUCGGUAGAAUCUGCAAGAGCUGGAUUGUUACGUGAUUUUGAUCCAGCGGAAUAUUACAUUGGUAUGACGUCUGGGGUUGAUAGUUAUGGUGCAAAUAAUUGUUACGAUAGGGGUUAUCAAACUGACGAUUUUUACGAAGAUCGUACGGACAAUGCAAGAGCAUUUAUUACGAAUACAAAUCGUGUAGGACCUCCUCCGAGAGGAUUGUUCGACGAUAUUUAAAUGGGAUAACGUUUUUGAUUUCUGCUUUGUAACACAUUAUAAGUAAGGUAUAUUAUAUUUGUA